GGAAAAAACGGAGAAAAAAGGAGGAAAAAGGGGCGAACACUACCCUAGAGAUACUAUUGGAUAGAGGUCAAUGGAGCCAUCCUGAUGCAGGCUGCAAAACUACGUGGGGAUUACCCGUCGUGGUCGUCGGGCUGAUUUGAACGGUGAACAGUGGCGAUUUCACCCGUGGGUAGAACCACCGUUUUCAUCACCGUCAGCGGCAAAUAGUACAGCCACUUCCGCUUCCUCCACCCCACGUGGCCGAACCAUUACCUGAUAAGAGCUGGAGAAGCGGCCGCAGCCGCAGCCGCCUCGGAGCUCUGAGGAGCUGGAGGAUCUGCAAAAGCUGCUGCACUUCCCCGAGGAGGUGGCGCUCAGGUUGACGGAGACCGAGUACCAGCUGUUCUAUCAGGUACCACCACAGGAGUACCUAAGACACGUGGCGCAAGAUCAGAACACGCAGAAACCACCUGCCAAGCCACCCCCGUCGCCGAGUCGCAGCUAUACCACACCCCGUACCGCAAACAGCUCGACCCAGACCGAAGAAGAAUCUAACUGGCCUGUUCCCAACAUCUUCUCUUCCGUUCAGACACUCAUCAAUCGUUUUAAUGAGGUAAGCUCAUGGGUCACCCACGCAAUUACAAGCGGCGCGACGAUCGAAGAAAGGCAGGCGAUUUUAUCUUGCCUCCUACGCGUGGCUCAAACCUGUUGGAAUACCGGAAACUUUAACUCAGCCAUGGAAAUUGUUGCCGGUCUCAAGUCCAAUAAGCUAAAGCCCUUUUGGCAUAGCAUAAACGAUCCAGUACCGGUGUUGGAGAAUCUUUCCUCAGCCCUUCUCUCCGCCGAGUAUGAGUUCACACUUGCUCGAGCUUUGGCAAUGCCGGAAUGUCCGGUGGUGCCGUUCUUCGGAGCCUUCCUGCGGGAAUUGCGGGAAGUCAUUGCUUCCGAGUCCAAGUGUCAACAGGAGUGCAGAGACAACCAUGAGUCGCCUCGCAGCAGCAGCAAAGACACCGCGACCGAAACUGUGUUGUCCUCGGGGCAAACCGAGAAGAUUGCUAUCGACAGCAGCACAGAAUCACCCACUGAAUGGAACUCGAGAAAUAGUUCCUUGAAGAAACAGGAAAGCGCUCCCAACCGUGAUACAAAUUUUGUCCUUGAAAAGGUCGCUGAAUUUCAUAAGCACCGACAUGCUCGAGGCAGAGACGCGACAACUGGUUCGCUUCAUCGUACACUGAGUAUUCAUACGACCGCAAUCGAGCAAACUUAUAUGGCCGAAGAAUGUGACGAAAACGACUAUCAUCUCGAUCUCGAUUCCUACAAACCGGUGCAACCCAUUUCGUUCGACCAUGGAGUUGCAUUGUUUCCUGUUGCUGCACCGCAUUCUGGAAUGGAUCUGCAUCUGCUGCAGGUGCUGCAUCACGGAACAACAUUGGUGCACUGGGACUGCGAAGGGGGUAGGACGGCCUUGGUAUUCGCGCGAGUGGAUCGUGCAUGCGGUACGUUCGUCUGGGAGAAACCGCCCUGGAGUCCUCUGAAGACUGCACAGCUCGGUGGCGCUGCCCUCACAGACUUUUCGUUAACUGCCAAUCCAGAGGACACGGUACCAGCCGGUUUAAUAGGGAAAUACGCGUGUCAACAAGUGGAAUGCGCGUCCGUGACGCUGGAAGAAGGAUUUCUAGACCUAAGUUCUGUGAAAGAAGUUAUGAUCGGUUGUUGUGAUCGGGACAGAGACGCCGACCUCAGAAGCAUUUGCAAGAGGUACGGGCUCCCGGGUUCUGAUUCGUGCAUCGGCCUCAUGUACGGCUCCAGUCUGCCGGAUAAUCGACUGAUCUUUCUCCUUUGCCCUCCUGCUCUUUGCAAAAUUUGGUACAUGGGUCUCUGUUGGAUACUAAGAGGUCUGAAGCGUCAGCAACAAUUAACAGAUCGUAGAUCGCGAUGGUUAAAAGAAAAAUAUCUUCAGCUGUAUUUCGAAGAAAGCUGUUUCGAGCCAAUGACAGCCGAUGCGAUAAGAGCUUUCGGUGGUCGCGACUGGUACAUGACUGAAAGUAUAGGCACCCUUUCGCCCACGUGUAGCAGCACUCGUAAACGAAAUGUUAAAGGGAAGAAAACGAAAUCCAUUGGCAAUAUUCAUGCAUUAACAAAGGAUUUGAGCCUAAAAUAUGACUCCUCGUUCACGGAUGGAGGUUUAUCAACGGCCCCUCUUCGGCAUAUUACGGGUAGCAGAGAAUCUUUGACGAGAAUCAUACCAACAUCCCCACGGUGUAGUAGAGAUCGAGUUCCUCCACGGAGUCCUCCCGGUUGUGCCGAACGUAUUAUUAGUUCCAACUUGCCUUACUCCAGCUUCCAGAGCCUAUUGUGUGUCACCAGAGACAAGGAUAAGAAUGGAUCUGGAAUGAUAGGUGGUAUGGAAGCAGCUUGGCAAGUGAAGGCUCGCACCACGACCAUAAUGUACGAAACUCAGUUAAACUUCGUCGAGUUCGUCGCAUUGUUUCGAUCUUUUAGUCUGAGGGCCAGAAAAGAUCUGAGAGACUUAUUUGGUCAACUGGCGAUUACGUGUCGCAGCCAGAGUGACGGUUCCUUGAGAGACUUCAAUGUACGGCCGCCUGUGUUAAGGCAAACCAGCGAUGCAACCCCUCAACGAAUAGGUCUUUUAACGAGGAACAACUCCAUUGACUGUCACGAAUACAAAACUAGCAGUAAUCUUCAAAAGAAGCAGGUUUUCGACGCAGUAGCCGCUGCCAGUAUCGUUAACAAUUGUUCCGGCGUCGACACCUCGAAGUCGCAAGUUAUCACCCUGGCAACGUUCACUAAAUUUUUGGAAUCACGGCAACAGGAAAAAUUGACUGACGAGGAAAUCAAAGCACUUGUUAAGCGACACGAACCGGACCCAGCACUACGUACACAAUGGUGUUUGUCUUUCGAGGGCUUUGCACGGUACAUGAUGGACAAGGACAAUUAUGCUUUCCCAAACGAGUAUGCGACACCGUCCGAGACUGAAAUGCAGCAGCCAUUGUCCCAGUAUUACAUCGCCAGCUCCCAUAACACUUAUUUAACUGGUCAUCAGCUCAAAGGAGAAUCUUCGGUGCAGCUGUACUCUCAGGUGCUACAAACGGGGUGUAGAUGUGUGGAACUCGAUUGCUGGGAUGGCGAUGAUGGGUCUCCUGUUAUUUACCAUGGUCACACCUUUACUACGAAGAUUCCAUUUCGCUCGGUCGUCGAAGCGAUUGAUAGAAGCGCUUUCGUGAGCUCUCCAUAUCCUGUGAUUCUGUCAAUUGAGAAUCAUUGCUCUCAGAGUCAACAGGCUCGAAUGGCCCAAAUAUUUCAAUCCGUUUUCGGAGAAAAGCUCGUAACGAAAUUUCUUUUCGAGAGCGACUUCAGUGACGAUCCUCAACUUCCGUCUCCAUCGCAGUUGCGCUAUAGAAUAUUGAUAAAAAAUAAGAAACUGGUAGUGGAUCCUGCUGGUCCUUUGGCACAUGCUCCCCUGAGUCAUCGUGGAAAAAUGCUGAUGUCGGAUCGUGCAUCAUCUAUGAAACAAAUGCGCACUGACGUAAACAGCGCAUCCGUUGUUGAAUAUUUCAGCGAGGACGAAGACGAUGAAGAAGAUGACGACGAAGACGACAACAUCGACGAUAACUCGAUUUCCAGUUACGAAAGGUACUUGGGUGGAACGCAGGUGCCGCAUGGCCGAUUAAAGUCGGAUUCAGCAGUCGACGAUAAAUCACAGAAGCAAAGUAGCCAAAUUGCGAAGGAACUCUCAGACUUGGUGAUCUACUUGCAAGCCAUUAAGUUCCGUGGAUUAAACACGACGCCAGGAACGGUGACAACCGGAAAAGCAAGACAUCAACCGCAUAGCGGACCUGUUCAGAGGCACAGCAUCGCCGGAAUUGGAGCUACCAGCAUCGGUGCACCUUCAGGAUCACCGCAAUCUCUGUCAACGUCAGCGUCGCUUGCGAGUGGCGGCAGCAAUAUUGAGAACCUCUUCAGAUCCACUCGUGGAGUUCCAGCUUGCUUCCAGUGCUCUUCGUUGAAUGAAAGUACAGCCAAGAAAAUCUGUAGGAAACAACCUCUGGGAGUUGUCGCUCACGCUGAGACCCAGCUGAUUCGAACAUAUCCAGCUGGAAUGCGCAUAGACUCGACGAACUUCAAUCCUGUAAUAUUUUGGGCCUUUGGGAUUCAAAUGGUUGCGCUGAAUUACCAAACCGACGAUGCUGGGUUGAACUUGAACGCUGCUAUGUUCGAGCAGAAUGGACAAUGUGGAUAUGUUAGGAAACCUUCGGUCAUGUGGGACAAAGGACAUAUGAUGUACAGACGUUUCAACCCUUGGGACAAGGAGUUUGAUGGACUGCACUCGGCGCACUUGGCACUCUCAAUUAUUUCCGGCCAGUACGUUUCCCCGACAAAUUUCGUCGCCAGCACCUACGUUGAGAUCGAGCUGGUCGGCAUUCCGAUCGAUUGUGCCAAGCACAAGACGAAAGUGAUGCCAAACAACGCGCUGAAUCCGAUCUGGAACGAGAAGUUCUGUUUCCAAGUGAUGUUCAAGGAUCUCGCCUUCCUCCGCUUCGGGAUCGUUGAAGCGAGCUCCCACCACCUGAUCGCUCAAAGAGUGAUACCGUUAAAGUGUCUAAGACCCGGCUACAGACACGUGCGUUUGCGUUCGUGCAAAAAUAAACCGCUAGCACUCUCGGCGCUCUUCAUCUACUCUCGCCUAGAAGAGGAGAGCCUCGAUUACAACACCUGCUGCCGCGACCACAAGGAGUCAUCCAAACGUCCAUCAUCUGGAAAGGAGCCGGAGAAACUGACCACCGUGGACUCCGGCCUAGGCGGUGUAACCUUGAAGAGAAGAAUGUUCUUCCUGAUGGUUUAUCACGUGAUACCCGACGAGCCGUACACCAUCUUAAAGGUGACCCAGGAGAGUACAACACAGGAGGUGAUGUUACAAGCUCUUCAGAAGGCAGGAAUCUCUCCAGACCGCGUAGACGAGUACAUCCUCGUCGAAGAAGUCUCGCGCGGCUGGGAAAAACGAGACAGAGAAGAGUUACCGACCCAGCGUGUUUUGGACCCGACAGAACAUCCUCUGCAGGCGCAAGCGUUGUGGAAAGGUCAAGGACGUUUCUUGCUGAAGAGAGUGGGCGACGACCCCAGCAGCAGAGCCUGGUUAGCUUCCAUCAGGAGCACAGCCGGUCACUCCAAACUCGAUUCCGAGAGAGACACGUCCACACACAUUUGGGACGAGGCUGACACCUUCCUGGUUUGCAUCUACAACGUUUCACCGGACAUACCGUACGCGAUACUACGUGUACCCGUCAGCAGUUCCGCUCAGGACGUCCUGGCCCAGGCUCUGGUGAAGGCUAGGCGAAUGGAGGAUCCCAUGAAGUUCGCUUUGGUCGAGGAACUCGAAUGGGGAGGCACAGGAGCGGUUGGUAGCGGCAAUCGUCAGCUGAGAGUGUUACGCGACGACGAGAACGUUUACAGCACCCAAGCUUUCUGGAAAACGCUCGGAAGAUUCAUUCUGAGGGAAAGAGAGCAGGCGAUACCGAGACGACAUUUGUUGCCAGCUACUUUGGAUAGGCUCAGCAAAGGAUUCUCCGUGGGGAGAUCGGUUUCCUUGCCGGGGUCCAGCAAGGAGAAGGUACCUGUUUCGGAAGCGCUUUCUGAUCCCACGUCCAGAGGACUCAGACAUCGUCUGCUGAUGUCUGGUCGCAGAAGAGAAGUCCAUUCCGAUGGAGAGGACACGCGCGAGUCCGACAUUCUGAACGCAGCCAUCCACUUGAAGAAGGUGUCUCUGCGGAAGUUGAGGAUGUGGAAGUCAUAGUGGCAGUCCCGGGCGACGUCGAUAUCAUCGAUCUUCGCCACUCGGAGAAAUCAGUCAUAAAUGACAUGCAAUCGAGAUACAGGCAAAAUCACGUUGCGAAAGCUCGGGGAAACGAAGAUGUCGCUGAGAUGUUACACCGAUGGUCGACCCUGAAAUGUUUUGGCAUAAGUAUACAAAAAAACGCCUAACUCGACACUGCUUAAAUACGUAUCAUCUUUUAACUUGUCGUUCGAAAGCAAACCGAUGUUAGCGAAUAGAUCGGUUGAGACGGAGUUUGAUUGGACGUAAAAUCGUGGAACACGCGUUUCAGCUUCGAGAAAGUUACGUUCAAACAAUCCUGUUAAUACCAUUUCAAAUUACAUCGUUAUUUCGUGCGAUCAAAUUUGGAUCAAAUCAUAUACGCUGUUAUGUGUACAAUUGUUUGCAUCUUCAGAUAAUUUCAUUUUAAAAGGCAUCUUUACUGUAGUGUGAUCUCUGGGUCGUUUUCCAGUCAUUUAAUGUACAAAUGAAGAUUUUAUAUGCGAUCGGAGAAAAUCAGUUCCUUUAGAAACUUGGAGUUUUUUAAUCUGGUU